AUGUCUCAACCCGGGAUUCUCCAAGCAAGGCUGCGCACCGGCACUGGCACCAGCACCGGCACCGGCACCGGAACCGGCGCUGUGGCGGGCGAGUUUUUCCUGAUGACAACCAACUCUCUGACCACUUGCUGCGAGUCCCCGGGCAGAUCCAUAGCCGACUCCGGAGUGGCGGCGUCCGGGCAGACACCAGUCUACUGCCCCGUGUACGAGAGCCGGCUGCUGGCCACCGCGAGGCAUGAACUCAGCUCAGCCGCGGCGCUGGGCGUGUACGGGAGCCCCUACACCGGCAGUCAAGGCUAUGGGAAUUACGUUACAUACGGCACCGAUGCCUCGGCAUUCUACUCGCUGGGCACAUUCGACACUAAAGAUCCCACAGCUUCUGCGCAUGCGGGAAUAACCCAGGCAACAGCCUACUAUCCUUAUGAUCCUACCUUGGGACAGUACCAGUAUGACAGAUAUGGUUCCAUGGAUGGGGGAACAAGGCGGAAGAACGCCACGCGGGAGACGACCAGCACGCUAAAAGCCUGGCUGCAGGAACACAGGAAGAACCCGUACCCGACUAAAGGAGAGAAGAUCAUGCUCGCCAUCAUCACUAAAAUGACGCUAACGCAGGUCUCCACCUGGUUCGCCAACGCCAGGCGGAGGCUCAAGAAGGAGAACAAGAUGACAUGGCCGCCCAGAAACAAGGGCUCAGAGGAGAAGAGAUAUGACGAGAAUGAAGAUGUGUCUCAGGAGGAGCAGAUAAAAAGCGAGAACAAUGAGGAUGAGACCACAAGUCGGCCUGAUAAAGACCUACAGUUGAGCGAUUUGGACGAUUUCGACACGCUUGAGUCCGAGAGCUCGGAGUGCGAGCUGAAGCACCGAUACCUCAUGAACACGCACAUGACGACGACGGGCGACUGCCCCGCGGAACACCUCAUCAAGGACGCGUCUCUGAAAAUCUCCAUCCCCGUUUCCCUGGGAGGGGAGCAGGACUUGAGCAAAAGUUGUCUCAAAACCAACCAGGAGGAUUUCCAGCCGGACAGCAGACAGCAGGCAAAGGUGUGUUACAGCCAGCAGCAGCAGCAGCCAGGGCACCAGCUAUUAGACGGCAAGCCUCGGAUCUGGUCUUUGGCACAAACUGCGACGUCCCUGAACCAGACGGAGUACCCGUCCUGUAUGCUGAGGUGCCAGCCGCCGCCGCCGCCCCCCUCCUCCCUCACCCCAUCCCCCGCCGCUACCUCACCUGUCACCGGCCUGGACAACAGACAGGACUCGCCGGUCACGACCCUGAGAAACUGGGUGGACGGAGUUUUCCACGACCCCUUGUUCAGGCACAGCACUUUGAGCCAGGCACUGACCAACACCACCGUCUCUUGGUCCACGGACACCAAAAACAUGGCCAUGCUGGAGGCUGAGAGGAACGCGGCGGUCUUGCAGCAGCACCAAGACUCCUCCAAAGACAAUGCCAUGAGUUUCCCAAAAGCUAUCAACAAACUGUUCUGCUCCUAACACGACCAAAAGACCCUUUGAUUGCCAAAAUAGAGACUCUUUGUGACUGAAAGUCGGAUGGAAAAGCCUAUUUCGUCUCCAUGAUUCCUUCGUUUUUUUUAAAUUUGAUUUUAAAAGCAAUGGUAGCUAUAAACUGAUUCAUUGGCGUUACGGGAGUGAACUAUCCGGAUCGGUUUGGCUUAUUUUAUUUAACGCACGCACAGAACUUAUCGACAUGUAUAACUAAAAGUUUACAUCUUGGGGAAAAAAUAGGCCUAAAGUUUACAUAAUGGUUCGUUUUUUUUCUUGUUUCUUUACUAUGCGCAUGCAAAUGUAAUUGAAUAUUAUUUAGGUCUCAGCGGUUGAGUAUCACUAUAAAAAAAAAAGUCUCACAAAUGCACAGCUCUUAUGAAGUGGAAGAGAGCGUCUCAACUUUGUUCACUGAAAAUAAAAUCAGUCGGUUUCUGAGAAGCUCUUGGCUGAGUUGCUGUCCAUGGUGCUGAACUACAUGGGAACCCAAUCCCCCCUGGGCCGGCUAUUCUUCCCUUGUCUGCUUUUGCAUGUUUGUUUGCUUUUUCAUGUAAAAGUAUACGUCCACUGAUUACAUGGGACCUAAUACACAGCUGAGCACAGGU